AUGGGGGGGGACCAGGGGCGCACCACGGGGGGGCGGCAGAUCUGCGCGGGGCGGGACCCAGGGGCGCCGCGGCGGUGGGGGUCGGAGCAGGGUGGGACCCAGCGGAGCACCUGGGGGAUAGGCAGGACCAGGGACGCCGCGGGAGGGGAGAGGAAAGGCGGGCCUCGGAGCACAGCAGGCGGGACGCCAGCGUUUGCCUCCAGCAAACCCCUGGGCUCCUCUGAAACCACGGGGCCCGGCGCCCCGGGAACCAUCAGGCCGCCCACCGGUGCCCGGGGAGCCAUCGGGCCGCUCUCAGGUGCCCGGGCCCGGGGAGCCAUCGGGCCGCUCUCAGGUGCCCGGGCCCGGGGAGCCAUCGGGCCGCCCGCAGGUGCCCGGGCCCGGGGAGCCAUCAGGCCGCCCACGGGUGCCCGGGGAGCCAUCGGGCCGCCCGCAGGUGCCCGGGCCCGGGGAGCCAUCAGGCCGCCCACGGGUGCCCGGGGAGCCAUCGGGCCGCCCGCAGGUGCCCGGGCCCGGGGAGCCAUCGGGCCGCUCUCAGGUGCCCGGGCCCGGGGAGCCAUCGGGCCGCCCGCAGGUGCCCGGGCCCGGGGAGCCAUCGGGCCGCUCUCAGGUGCCCGGGCCCGGGGAGCCAUCGGGCCGCUCUCAGGUGCCCGGGCCCGGGGAGCCAUCGGGCCGCCCGCAGGUGCCCGGCCCGGGGAGCCAUCGGGCCGCCCGCAGGUGCCCGGGCCCGGGGAGCCAUCGGGCCGCCCGCAGGUGCCCGGCCCGGGGAGCCAUCGGGCCGCCCGCAGGUGCCCGGCCCGGGGAGCCAUCGGGCCGCCCGCAGGUGCCCGGGCCCGGGGAGCCAUCGGGCCGCUCUCAGGUGCCCGGGCCCGGGGAGCCAUCGGGCCGCCCGCAGGUGCCCGGGCCCGGGGAGCCAUCGGGCCGCCCGCAGGUGCCCGGGCCCGGGGAGCCACCGGGCCGCCCGCAGGUGCCCGGGCCCGGGGAGCCAUCGGGCCGCCCGCAGGUGCCCGGGCCCGGGGAGCCAUCGGGCCGCCCGCAGGUGCCCGGGCCCGGGGAGCCAUCGGGCCGCCCGCAGGUGCCGGCGGGGACCAGGCCGACCGGCCUCGGGGCAGCGGGGCCCGCACCUGA